AUGUCUGACCAAGUGAGCUAUGCAACACUCACAUUUCAGGAUCCCGCGGGAGCAAGAAAUAACCAGGAUGGAAAUAACCUAAGGAAAAGAGGACACCUGGCUCCCGCCCGCCUGUGGCGUCGGGCUGCCCUUGGCACCCUCGUGCUCUGCCUCCUGCUGCUGACCGGGCUGGUGACCGCGGGGGUCAUGGUUUUGCAGAUGUCCAAAGAAAUCAAUUCAGAUUCAGAGCAAUUGAAAUGGCUUCAGGAAACCUUCCACCAGAAGCAAGAUAAUCUGUCCGAGCAACUGAGCAACUGCAGGAAGGCUCCCACGGGAGAGGAAUUUCUCAAAGCCCAGAUAGCUGAGCUGCUGCAGAGGCAGCAAGAAAUGGCUACCGAGCUCUGCAAAGACCUGGUGACUCACACGUCAGACCAUAAAUGCAAUCCUUGUCCGAAGACCUGGCAAUGGUACCAACACAGUUGUUACCAUUUCACAACGGGUGAGGGGAAAGCGUGGAGUGACAGUAGAAAGGACUGUGCCGACCAGAACGCCACCCUGGUGAAGAUUGACAGCAUGAGAGAAAAGGAUUUCCUUCAGUCACAGCCAUUAUCCAGCCUGGCUUUCUUUUGGCUGGGAUUAUCAAGGAACCCAUCUCAUCAUCAAAGUUGGCUCUGGGAGGAUGGUUCCAUGCCUUCUCCAUCCAUUGCUGAAAUUUCCUGGAUUUGUGAGAAGACAGCCCCUCUGGUGAAGAUUGAAGACUUGUAUUAAUCUGGUCCCUUUAAGUUCACCAAGAACAUUACAGUGAAGCCCCACAAGAAAGGAAGGAGCCAGGUAUCGAGCCAAGGCACUUAAAAGUGACGGAGUGUUUAAACUUAGGAGCCAGUGGGCCUACUUCCUGGACC